AAAGAUGUCUAUUCUGCAGAACCAUCUCCUAGUGUUGCUCCUCCUCGGAGUGGUGGCUCUCAUGACCACCCCAACCUUGGCCAAUUAUCACAAGCCUCCCUAUUAUGCAAAGCCACCAACACCUGUGCACAAGUCUCCUCCAGUAGAGAAGCCACCCACUCCAGUUUAUAGUCCACCGGAGAAAGAAAAACCACCACCAACUCCUGUGUAUUCACCACCCAAGGUGGAAAAACCACCACCGGGGGAGAAACCACCAACUCCUGUGUACACACCCCCUAAGGUGGAGAAACCACCACCACCAACUCCUGUGUGCACACCCCCUAAGGUGGAGAAACCACCACCACCACCACCAACUCCUAUGUACGCACCCCCUAAGGUGGAGAAACCACCACCACCAAAGGGGGAGAAACCACCAACUCCUGUGUACACACCCCCUAAGGUGGGGAAACCACCACCACCACCUAAGUACAAGCCAGGUCCUCCAUAUGGUCACCCUCCAUACUAUAAGCCUCCCCAAUCUGGCCACCCCAACUAAGUGACUUGUUACUACUGGGUUACUUGACUUGGGUUAUCAUAGAUAGAUCGGUAGAGAGCUAUUAGAUAUGAAUAAGAGAUGCUGCCUUUGGUUACUAGUUGCUACUUACUAUAGUGUGGAGGAAUGUCCCAUUUGUAUGGGAAAUGAAGCUCAGAACUCUCAUGUGCCAUGUAUGUAAUGUAAGCCAUUGAAGCCCCAGUUAUAUGAGAUCUGCAUUUUCAUA